CGGGGAGGAGCCGGGCCGCCCCGCAGCCCCGCCGCCCCGCCACCGCCGCCGCCGCCAGGUGAGUGUGGAUUUUCUCAUCGUAACGUGGUCAUCUCUUCCUGGGAAGGUUGUCACCAGGCUGAGCCAGGAAGGGAGAGUGAACCCCAUAGAAGCUCACAACUGAGCGCCAUUUGGACAUGCAGUAUGGCCAAGAGCUGUCUGAGCUAAGGAAUCCCCGUAUGGACUUCUUAGCCAGCCAGGAAGAGCAUUUGAGCUGAGAACUGCCUGGAAAAGGAGAGUGGAGGUCCUACAUCUUGUGGACCCAAGGGCUGGUUUUUCUGGUUUGCUUCCCCCUAUCCCACACCGGUGAUUUGCAUAUUUCUUUGAAGCCGAAUAACCUGUCUGCAGAGAGAGAGCUACACUGUUUCUCGAACUCUGUGGAGAGAAGCCGAACAUGGUCUCGAGCCUGUGAUCCCACCUUCAACAGGAACUCUAGGAGUAGGAAGAUUUGGGCUCAGGGCUAGAAUGGCCACGUGGACGAGGCCGAGCCAGAGGCAGCCCCCAGUGGCCGCACCAGCUGCAGAGAAGGAAGCACAGCUGCCCGUGGGCCGGGAGCUGACGGAGGCCAACCGCUUUGCCUAUGCUGCCCUCGGUUCCAUCUCCCUGGCCCAGCUGUUCCCAGAACCAGAGCACAGCUCCUUUUGCUCCGAGUUUGUAGCAGGCCUGGUGAAGUGGCUAGACUUGUCUGAAGCCGUCCUGCCAACCAUGACUGCUUUUGCCAGCGGUAUCGGAGGCGAAGGAGUAGACAUGUUUGCUGAGACUUUAUCAAAGGACCCAGCUUUGAAGGGAGACCCAUCCAUGAUCACACAGGACCUACUGAGCUUCUCACUCCAGGGUGGAGGCUACGAUGCCCGAGCCAGAGUCCUCGUUUGCCAUGUGACUUCUCUGCUCCACAUUCCCCUGGAGGACCUGGAUGUCCUUGAAGAAACAUUCCUCGAGAGCCUGAAGGAAGGCAGAGAAGAGGAAUCUGAAAUGGCAGAGGCAUCCCGGAAGAAGAAAGAAAACCGGAGGAAAUGGAAGCGCUAUCUCCUGAUAGGCCUGGCGACAGUGGGGGGCGGAACAGCGAUCGGUGUGACUGGAGGCCUGGCUGCCCCUCUGGUGGCCGCGGGAGCUGCAACCAUCAUUGGCAGUGCCGGGGCCGCGGCGCUGGGCUCCGUGGCCGGCAUCGCUGUCAUGACCUCGCUGUUCGGUGCAGCUGGAGCUGGUCUGACCGGAUACAAGAUGAAGAAGCGUGUUGGCGCCAUUGAAGAGUUCACGUUCCUGCCCCUGACGGAGGGCAGGCAACUACACAUCACCAUCGCCAUCACUGGGUGGCUUGCAUCCGGCAAAUACCGCACCUUCAGCGCCCCGUGGGCCGCCCUGGCCCGCAGCCGUGAGCAGUACUGCCUGGCUUGGGAGGCCAAGUACCUGAUGGAGCUCGGCAACGCCCUGGAGACCAUUCUCAGUGGCCUCGCUAAUAUGGUGGCCCAGGAGGCCCUCAAGUAUACUGUGCUGUCAGGUAUUGUGGCAGCCCUCACCUGGCCAGCCUCCCUCCUCAGUGUGGCCAACGUCAUCGACAACCCCUGGGGUGUGUGUCUCCACCGGUCAGCAGAGGUUGGCAAGCACCUGGCUCAUAUCCUGCUCUCCCGGCAGCAGGGUCAGCGGCCUGUCACCCUGAUUGGCUUCAGCCUGGGAGCCAGAGUCAUCUACUUCUGUCUGCAAGAGAUGGCACAGGAGAAAGAUUGCCAGGGCAUCAUCGAAGACGUGGUCCUGCUGGGGGCGCCCGUAGAAGGAGACCCCAGGCGCUGGGAGCCUUUCCGGAAGGUGGUGUCGGGAAGGAUCGUCAAUGGCUACAGCAGGGGCGACUGGCUGCUGAGCUUCGUGUACCGCACGUCUUCCGUGCAGCUCCGCGUGGCGGGCCUCCAGCCUGUGCCGCUGCAGGACCGGAGGAUGGAGAACGUGGAUCUGUCCUCUGUGGUCAGCGGUCACCUGGACUAUGCCAAGCAGAUGGACGUCAUCCUGAAGGCCGUGGGCAUCCGCACCAAGCCAGGCUGGGAUGAGAAGGGGCUUCUGCUGGCCCCUGGCAGCCUCCUUCAAGAAGAGCCCAGUCAGGCGGCCACAGGUUCCCCGGAAGUGGCCACCGACGCCAGCCAAUCCCAGAUAUCCACAGAGCUGGACCAGCCUGGAGGGGCCCCACUCCCUGCAGCAGCCUCUGGUCCAGCUGAGAACUCCUGUAUCUGCAGUCAUGGUGUGAGCCCCAACCCUCUGGGCUGCCCUGACUGUGCCCGUGAGACCCAGGGGCGCUGCCCAGGGCUGGACUGACCCCAGUGAGGAACCGGAGCGUCUCCCCCCGGUGUCCAUAUGCACAAGUGCCUUUCUGCAGGUGAGGGAAUCAGAAGUGAAAAGGAACUGGAAGGGUGAGAAAUGGAAGAAAACACUGGCCUCCCCGGGAACAAGCAAGGGCAGAGGCCUUCAAGGUCAUCGCAGCUCUGUUUGAGCCCUAAGCCUGCAAUCCAGCCCUGGCCUUUAUGCGCUUGAAGUCCCAGUGGUGGGGCCUGGCUGUUUAUCAGGAGCUCCAGGGGGUCUCUCUUGAAUCGAGAGACACCCGGGCUACCUCCUUUCCCUGGCCUCUGUGGGGCCGAAUGUCUGCCGGCACGUCCAUCCACACUCCAGCAGUGCCAGCCUCGGGCCUCACCAACAGGCACCUACACAGCAGACCCAGGAGCCCAGAGACAGUCUCUUCUGCUCUUAGAAGAUGGUGCUACCCUAAGUUGUGUGGCCUGGUGGGCCUUGGUAUGAUUGCAAUAAAUGCGGAGCCAGUCUGUAUUCUCUG